AAUGUGGUAAAGGAUAUCAUGCAUGUCUGCUUUCAUUGUUUGGAGUAGCAAAUGUUAAAAUAUGGGUGAAAUGAUAAAGUUCACACCUCGUAAUACCAGGUGCUUAAAUAUGCUUCACUUUUCUUGUUCAAUAUUUAUUUCAUGUAACUGUAUCCAUUAGGAAAAACCCAGUGUGAUAGUUGUCAAGCCCUGAAUUACUGACACUAAAACACAUUAGCUUUGGUAGCGCCAAGGGCUUGGGCACACAGGCACACGCCAGUCAUUCAAAUAUGGACAAAUAAGUUGUGUGGGAGCAUAAUGAAUUCUCCAGACUUGAACAUUGUUUUAAGUGAGGGAAUAAAAACAUAAAUGCAAAUAUUGCAUGCAGUUAUGGCAAAGAUAAGCUUAUUACGCAUAUAGGUCGCCAGGUAAAUUAGGAACACUGGACUGUAUUGCAACAUUUCCAUUAAAGUCACAAGAGAUGAUUAAAACAGUACAUGAGUCCAGCAUACAAAAAAGUAUGUUAUGUUAAAAAUGGUAUGCCUUUGUAUAGCUCAAUGAGCUAUAAUGAGCAAUAAAUGUUGGUAUAGCUCAUUAAUAUAUUAUAUAGCAACACAUUAAAUGAUUCAAGCUACUUAACUUACACUUUCACAAAGUUCUUCCUUCGUUUGGUUCUGACACUGGAGAACCAUAAACUAACUCUUUUUUCGUUAUGUGUUAGCUGGGGUACCAUAUCAAUCACUUACGGCUGCUUAAAUGACCUUUUUGUCUGGGUUAAUUAUAGCGCUGAGACAACAAACGACAGCCAUAUGUCUCACACACGCACACACACACACUUACCGAGGCCCACCAGGGAGACCUGAAGCAGGAGAACAAACUGCAUCAUCUUGCACUGGAACAACAAAAUUACAGUACAUUGAUUUGUUUUAACGGGAAUUUUAUGCUAGCGCCAUUGUUGGGCAGACGACACACUGUUAGCAAGACGCUAAUUUAUGUCAAUUAGUGCACCUUAUUAUAAACUUCUCCAGUUAUCGCGAGACGUGACGACACCGGCUGGCUGUCAUUAGGAUUAGGUUUAAAAUCCCGUUAACAUCACUCUAACAGGAGACGUAAUGACACGUAAUGACACGAAAGCUGUGGUUUUGAAAAAGUACCUUGUAAUUUCCACCAACAUUUGGUGUUUUACGUUUUAGUUAACCUGAAAGUGAAAUGAAAAUCAUUCAGUGUUGAUUGAGGAACUUCACCGGAAGUUGUGGCGUCGUAUUCGCAGUAAAGGCAGGAAACAGCCGAGUUUAAGCGGUGUGCUAUUUUCCACUAAUCGACGCAUUGCCAGUAGCUGCAGAUUGAGGCUGCUUUGUAAAUCCUCCUAGUAGGUGAAAGCAAACUUUGACUCAUGAAGUAGCAGAUUCUUGCAAUGAAAUUGGCUCCAGCUGUGGGGAGUGUGUCAGUUUUCAUGACAGCACAGAGGCACAAGGAUGCACUUCAUCUAGUUCACCUCUCCCUCUCUGUUGCAGUAUUUGAAGAUGAUGCGAUUGUUGCUCCUGUGUCUGCUGCUGCCUACCGCUACUGUUUUUUCAGAUGAGUUUGAAGGAUCAGCCGUUGAUGGUCUGGAUGAUGAGGACUCAUUUGAGGAAAAUGAGAUUAUUGAGGUCCAGGACAGAGGUGGUUCUGGCACGUUUGUUGAUAAAACCAAAGGUGAAGAAGAAACAUCAGAUCAGUUCACUCUGAUUGUCAUCAUUGUUGCUGUGAGCAUGUUGACUCUUUCAGUUGCAGCAAUAGUUGCUGUAAUAUUCGUAAGACGCCGCAUGCACAAACAACAGCAAGGGAUUUAUUCUGUACCUACAGAGCAGGACCAGAAAGGGGCAGUCUAGUUCCUGGCAAAGCAGCAAAUCUGAAGCACACAUGCAAGAAAGAGCCACUCACCAGGUUAUAUGAUCUCAUCACGAGGAUUAGACUUCUUUAACAGCUCUGUGUAUUGCUCUUACAAAAACCCAUCAAUCCAUAAGCAAUCCUAUUAUAUUCUACUUUUGUCUCCAUCUCUGCUGCUUGUAGCCAACAUAGACACAAUUUUGGGACAUUUGGAACGUAUUCAAACCUUCUAAUUGGAUUCUAUUUCAGGAAUCUAAAUCAAAGGCAAUGAAUAUGGCUUAAUGCUUAUUUUGUUUGCACUGCUCGAAGUACUCAGCAUAAACAAGCUACACGGUGGAAAGAAUGUUUAAUUUGGUACACGUGGAGUAGACCUAUCCAUGUGAAAUGGUCAUUGACUGAGACUAAACAUGCUAAUCCAAAGUAAGCCAGCCAUAAGAGGUCCACACUUGAGUCUCCUGUUCGCUUGUCUGACAUUUUCUCUUCCCAGCCCAUUAAGACUGACAGCAGGCUGUGGAAUAGAAGAUAAAAAGUGCCAACCCACCCAAGUCUUAUUCUCCUCUUCAGCCACUCCAAAAAUUGUCAGGGUAAACAUCCGCUUGCAAGGCAGCAUAUGAAUCGACCGCCGUGAAUGCGGAUGUUUCCUUUCUUUUUUUUUUUUGUUUUUGUUUUGGAAAGUUCUCCUUUCAAAAUGAUGCACGUUCUAAAUUGCUGUGUGACUGCUUAGGAGGCAGGUUAAUGGCUCACAGUGGUGAUGGUGGUGUGAAAAUUUCGUGAAUUGAAAUAAUGUCUAAUGGAUGAUUGGGGAAAAUACCCACAAUAGCUGGAUUCCAUCCAUACAGAGCGUGUUAUUUGCUUGCUGUCGUUUUAGCCCAAAUCAAUCUUUGCCAGCGAAGUAAAGGCUUUCAUUUCAGAUGCGUAUUUGUUCCAAGACAUGAGUUGGCGGGGAAAGGGCUUUUUGUAUUACUUUUAAGUUUUUAAACAAAGUGCAGUGAGAGGUUCUUUGAAUUCUAUCAAUAACACUGAGAAUGGACUGUAAAGGACACGCAUAAGAGCUCACUUCACUUGCAGCAGACACUUACAAGGUCCGGCCUACUUCCACCGAUGCAAUGUUGUUGGUACAUUUCCUUAUUACUGCAAAUGCUCUAGUUGUAGUCUGCCGUUUAUUGCAAGAAGAUGAGGCGUUAAUUGGACAGAGGCUAUUGUUUUCCCAAAUUUGACAAACAGAAGGUGAGAAACACUAUUGAACCCAAGAAAUAACUCCCUGACAAAACAGCAAGAUGGUGUCUAUGUGCCUUAAAUGUUCAUUUAUUCCUUUUAUUUGUUGUUUAUAUGCAUUUAGAAUUGUUUUAUGCAUAUAAAACUAUAAUUGUAAAACUAUAAACAUGUUUUGUGUUAACAUUUUUGAGAGUCAACUGCUGAUCAUAGACUUCCGGUUCCAGUUGCCAUUUUGUUAGCAAGCUAUGCUGACAAGGACAUUUGUGAUUAAAAAAAAAUAAAAAUAAAAAUACAUUAGGAAGACGCUAACUGGAAAAUGUAUGCAAAAUUUGGGUGUAAAUGUUCAACUUUAACCAAAAAACACGCUAACCGGGGCGAGAUUUCACUGUAAGUAUAUUGUACAACACAGCAGCAACCCCCCCACUCCCCCAUACAAAAAAACCCCACCAUUUCACACCAGCUGCUGAUCAGUCAUACUACAGAUGAUGCAGCUACUGCCAUCUUGUGGAGUUAAUACAAAUUGCAUCAGGAGGUUACCUACAGCCACAGCCGGUAGUACCAAUCUGUUUUGACUUGGAGCUAAUUAGAAACCCUUAUUUGCUUUUGUAAACCACACAUCCAGUAUAGAAGACAACGGUUAAUUGAAUAGAAGCAUUAAUUGGAACAUUUGCAGUAGUCACCUGGAUGGAAGUAGGUCGUUUCAACUGGCUUACACUGUAGUCUGUGUAUCAAAUAUAUGCAAAUUAUAAUGAUACAAUACUGCAACAAAACUGUAAGCCAACAGUUUCAUAAUUACAGUAAAUGAACUUUUUACAAAAGUGUGCAUGCAAGGCUGUUUAGCAUACAGCACAGUACCUUUCAAAAGUCUGGAGACAGGUUCUCAUGCUGCUUAAUGGAAAAAGUGCAUCCAAAACUUUGAUGUUUGUCGUCAUUUCAAAGGACAAAUUGCAACACAAACCAUUUCACUUUUUAUAUCACCGCAUGCGCAUAGUUACUUUGCAUUUAAUAUUUACACCGGACAAACAAGUAACCACAAUGCAACAUUUAAAUGCAUCUUAUCUUUGAAUGCCAAAAGAAAGCAGCUUGUGCAGAAAUCCAAAGAGCAACAACAACAUGGUGUCUCAGGCACGGCGCCAAGCUCCAUUAUUCUGCAUGUAGGAGUUUUCUUUUUGAUAACUUUCUCAACUAUUGUAGCUUUAAUUGUCUGUCUGUAUAUACAAAUUUACAGAGCAAUAUAUUUGCAUUAUGGCCUUUUUAAUAUAAAAUAUUUGUUUCAAUUGGGACAUGCCCAUGUUUAUAUGUACUUGUAUAUCAGUCCAUGUGUGCCAACAUUUUGUAGUAGUAUUAGUAGAUGACCACACACACACACUCACAAAAAAACAUUUCAUAGCAGAUUUGGAAGCUUUGAGCUCGAAUCAGUUGGAAAACUGCUGUUAAGAAUUGAUUGUGCCAUUAAAUCUGUUUGAAAAUGUA